UUCCCUGCUCCUCUCCCUCACCCUUCCCUUUCUCUCAACUCUGCUCUCGGCAUUGGUCUCAGGCUUGUGUGUUCAUCGCCUGCUCUGCUGCUCCAACUGCCUGCCUUUUUCUUUUCCUCCUGAAAGAUGGACUUUGGACCGAAAUGGUUCCGUCUGAUCUACUUGGUGGCUCUGUGUCUCUCUCUCGCCCAGCCAGGAUCCUCCAACACAAAAAAGGCCUCCAAGAUGCCACGUUGUCCUGCGACCUGCUCGUGCACCAAAGACAGUGCCUUCUGUGUGGAUACCAAGGCCAUACCAAAGACCUUCCCACCGGGGAUCAUUUCUCUGACGAUGGUAAACGCAGCAUUGACCACAAUCCCCGAGGGAGCGUUCUCACACCUUCACAUGCUUCAAUUCCUGCUAUUAAACUCCAACACAUUCACCACGAUUUCUGACGAUGCAUUUGCAGGUCUCUCUCAUCUGCAGUACCUAUUUAUUGAGAAUAAUGACAUCCAGACUCUCUCACAGUUUACCUUUCGUGGAUUGAAAUCUCUGACUCAUUUAUCCCUCUCAAACAACAACCUGCAGCAUCUGCCUAGAGAUCUAGUUCAACAUCUAGAUAUCCUCACAGAUUUGGACCUCAGGGGAAACUCCCUCCGCUGUGACUGUAAAAUCAAGUGGUUAGUGGAUUGGAUAGAAAAGACCAACACUUCUGUUCCUCCCAUCUACUGUGCCAGCCCGUUUGAAUUCCAGGGACGCAGAAUCCGCGAUCUGGCCCCACGAGACUUUAACUGCAUCAGCGCAGAUUUUGCUGUUUACGAAAUGUUCCCGUUCCACUCUGUGUCAGUGGAGUCUUACGAGUUCAGUGGCGAUCACUUUGUGACCUUUGCCCAACCUGAUUCAGGUUUCUGCACUCUGUACAUGUGGGAUCAUGUCGAGAUGGUCUUUAGGACUUUUCGUAACAUUAGCUCUCACUCAGCCGUGUACUGCAAACCGGUGGUGAUAGACAAGACGCUGUACAUGGUUGUGGCACAACUUUUUGGUGGAUCUCAUAUCUACAAGUGGGAAGAGGACCCGCAGCGCUUUGUGAAGAUCCAAAACAUCGACACAACUCGUGUAAGGAAGCCCAACUUCGUGGAGACCUUCCAGCUGGAUGGCGAAUGGUACUUUGUAGUCGCGGACGGUUCUAAGGCUGGUUCCACCAGCAUUUACCGCUGGAACAGCAACGGUUUUUACUCCCAUCAGUCCCUCCAUCCUUGGCAUCGUGACACCCAUGUGGAGUUCCUGGAUGUCGGAGGAAAGCCUCACCUCAUCCUCUCCAGUGCUACUCAAUCGCCACUGAUUUAUCUGUGGAACCCAGGGCACAAGCAGUUUGCUUUCUUCUCCCAAAUCACAGAGCAAGCUGACGUGCAGAUGGUUAAGCACUUUUGGGUGAGGAAGGUUCUUUACCUUUGCCUCACGCGCUUCAUAGGGGACUCAAAGAUCCUCCGCUGGGAAGGGCAGCGUUUCAUAGAGAUCCAGGCUCUUCCCUCUCGUGGCUCCAUGCUCGUGUAUCCUUUCACAGUAGGUCUGCGUCACUACCUCAUCCUUGGGAGUGAUUUCUCUUUCUCCAGAGUGUACUUAUGGGACCAUCUCACUCAGCGCUUCCAUCCCUUCCAAGAACUGAACAUGAGAGCACCGAGAGGCUUCAGUUUGCUGUCGGUCGACAAUAAGGACAUUAUGUUGGCUGCCAGCUUCAAGGGGAACUCUUUGGCCUAUCAGCACCUGCUGCUGGACCUCAGUGCCAAGUAGAAAUACACAACAUGUGCCCAAAUAAUGACAACAAUAGGAAAGGUUGUACACUUAUUUUGUGACAGUUGAUGUUGUUAAUGAUUAAUUCAACAUUUUUGAAGAAAGUGUAUUUUAGGAACUAUCCCUUCCAAUCUGAAAUGAAUCAUGUAAUAAAUAACUCAGCGCUUCUGUAUACUGUACUGUAUAUAGCUUCCUUGUUAGGUACAUUCCUCCAUGUGGCCAUGGAUCAAACCAUACUGAGGCAUCGACGCAUUACCAAACACCAAGAGUAUGUGUCCUUUGACGUGUGUGUUCAUUUAGGAAACACCAAGACUGUGUGUCCUUUGACGUGUGUAUUAAUUUAGGAAAAACCAAGACUGUGUCCCUUGACAUGUGCGUUCAUUUAGGAAACACCAAGAGUAUGUGUCCUUUGACGUGUGUGUUCAUUUGGGAAACACCAAGACUGUGUGUCCCUUGACGUGUGUGUUCAUUUGGGAAACACCAAGACUAUGUGUCCCUUGACGUGUGUGUUCAUUUAGGAAAAAACAUGUGACCAGUACAGAUGUGUCAUUUGACCCAGAAGUGGCAAACUGUGUUUUAUCAGGAAACACUUACUUUUGGCUCACAAGUGACCGCUUGCACUGAGAGAAGUCGGCGGAGUUGCGUUCCGUGUUUGCCAUCAGUAUUGGUCGUAAUCAUCUCUAUAAAUGGAAUUAGAAAAAGGGAACAUUCCGACAUUUCCUACAGUAAUUUCAUUUUCAGGUCAAAUAUAGUGACUUUUUUAAAGCAGCAGAUAAUGCCUUUAUGAAACAGCAACAAAGUGUCAGUUCAAGGUCAAUACAGCCAGUGAGUGUGCCAACCGCUCACUGAGGCGUCAUUUGCUCAUCGCUAUUGAAAUGUAUGUGUAUUUCAAAAAGAUACUGAAUAGUAAUGUUUGACACCUGGUCAAAAUGAUCGAUUGAUUGUUUUACAUGUAUAAAAUAAAAAAUAAAAGAUUUUUGGAAAGAAAAUAUAACUAUCAGUGCAGCAUUUAAAAUAUUGGACUACAUGUAAACAUUUAUAGACAGUGUUAUUUUUCUAAACUAUGUUUUGUUUUGCAGUAAUGACAUGCAUUAUCUGCAGCACUAAUUACAUUUUAUAUGUUUGUAUUUAUUCUAUACAUUUUUCAUGUAUUUGCAUGAAUAACAAUUAUUUUGUGCUUUAGUGUUCUCACAACAAUAUUUCUUUAUUUUGGACCUCUUAAUUUAA